CACAAGUCAUGCCUUUUAAACAUUUUGUUUAUGAAAAUGAUUACAACUUUUCAAAACUAUUUGAUUGUCUUUUCAGUUAUGAACUCAUAAUUUGAGUCAUGAAUCCAAUCGUCAGAAACAACAAACUGUUGUCAAAACUGGUCUCAUCUGCCGAGAGCUCCAGAUUUAUACUGAUUUGCGAUCAAUUGGGAUGUGAUUCAAGACAUUUAGUGAAGACACUGAUCACCAAUCGGUUCAAACAAAUCAAUGUAAUUGUCAUUUGCAUUGAAAAGCCAUUUAAUGUUUGGAUGCCAUCCGUACCACUCAAUGAUCGCCUAAAAGUCGUGGAUCUGUUCACUAAAUACGAGUCCAUUGACACAAACAUAAGCCAACACCUGCUCCAAGAAGUGGACCAAUUGAGCGGUGAUUCAGUUGUGGUGAUCGACUCAUUGACACCAAUAUUACUGAUGGACUCAUUGUAUGAAAGUAUAUGUCUUUUGAAUGAAUUGACGAAUCGAUUCAAACAAUUGGUUUGUGUUCUUCACGUCGACUCUCACUCGCAAUACACCACCGAAUCGGUGGAACAGUUGUCUCAUUCAGUCAUCCAUUUGUCCACAAAAACCAUCAAAACUGAUGAUUGCUUUAAAGCGGUUAUAAGGCAUCGAAAGCCUCACCCGAAGAAACACUUCUCUGUCCAGCAAUCGAUGGAAAUGUUCACAAUUAAUGACAAUAAUAUAGUUUACGUCAAAGACUCUAAUGAGACACAAAGUGGACAGACAUUUAUGGGCCAAACCAGUGCUGAUCCCACUCUUAACAUACCAUUCAAUUUGAAUCUUAAAGACAGCGAAUUGGAGGCAAAAAAUAAGCUUUUAUUGCCUUAUAUUAAAACACAUGAAGAAACGAAAGUCUUCUAUGAAUUCGACAAAAACGAUGACAUCGAUGAAGAGGAUCCAGACGAAGACUUAGAUAUCUGAUGGCAACAGAUAUUCAAUACUCAUGAGAUUAUGCGUUCAAUCCGUGCGCUCUACUGAUGUCUUCAGCCAUCGCUGCCUUUUCUCUCUGUAUUUCUUCGUACUUCUGGAUCGAGAGCUCAAGAAUUGAC